AUGGAUAGAUAUCAACGAAAGAUUGGAUGUUUCAUUCAGAUCCCCAAUUUGGGGAGGGGACAACUGAAAUACGUGGGCCCAGUGGACACGAAAGCUGGGAUGUUUGCUGGUAUAGACUUGCUUGCCAACAUUGGUAAAAACGAUGGGUCAUUUAUGGGAAGGAAGUAUUUUGAAACAGAGUAUCCUCAAAGUGGAUUGUUCAUCCAGUUGCAAAAGGUCUCAUCGCUGAUUGAGAAGGCAUCAAUAUCGCAAACUUCGAGAAGAGCGACGAUGGAACCGCUAUCAAUACCUAAAAAUAGAUCUAUCGCGAGACUCACAAACCAAUUCUCUCCCAUGGAUGAGCCUAAAUCCCCCACACCGAUGAGGAGUUUUCGCAUCACCAGUAGAAACAGUGGUAACGAGCAAGCGAUGGAUCAAGAGGCAUCGGAUCACCAUCAUCUACAUCCGCAGGAAUCUGUCCAAGACAAUGAAGACGACAGAAUGGACGUCGAUUCCAUUCUCUCAUCCGAGAGGAAGUCCAACUACAACGCUGGGAAAGACUGGAAAAUGAACAAUAAUCACAUGAAUGACCAUACUAGCAACGAAGUUUCUAUAGAAUUACGAGAGGCUCAAUUGACAGUCGAAAAGUUACAAAGAAAGCAACUCCACUAUAAAAGGCUACUAGAUGACCAAAGAAUGGUCCUUGAAGAAGUGCAGCCGACAUUUGAUAGAUACGAAGCCACAAUACAAGAAAGAGAGAAAGAGAUCGACCAUCUCAAGCAGCAACUGGAACUCGAGCGUAGACAACAAGCUAAACAAAAGCAGUUUUUCGAUUCUGAGAACGAACAGCUGCUUGCUGUCGUGAGCCAAUUGCAUGAAGAGAUCAAAGAAAACGAGGAAAGAAAUCUUUCUCACAAUCAACCUACCGGUACUGUCGAAGAUGUCGAACUCCUGAAAGCACAAGUCGAACAACUACGCAAUAUAGAAGACCAAUUCGAGUUAUACAAGACAAAGUGGGCCAAAGAACGCGAACAAUUGAAGAUGCAUAACGAUUCCUUGAGUAAAGAAUAUCAAAACCUGAGCAAGGAACUAUUUUCCACAGAAUCACACAACUCUUCAGCAGAGGAAGUGGCUGCCUUGACAAAAAAACUUGAAGAGGCUAACGAGAGGAUCAAGCAGUUGGAACGGGUUCAAGCACAACCAGCCGUGGAAUCGUUGCCCGUUUUCAACCCCCCUGCACCAGUGGAUUCCACAGCAGGAAGACAACAGUGGUGUGAGCAUUGCGAUGCGAUGGGUCACAUUACAGCUGAAUGUCCCCACCACGAUCCUGACAGCCAGCAGUUCUUCUAA